AUGGCUCCUUCAAUAAUUCCGUUUAAUAUCAAGCUUAAAACAUGCUUGAAAAUGUGUAUUCAAAGGCUAAGAUAUGCACAAGAUAAGCAACAAGCGAUUGCCAAGCAGUCCCGGAGACAGGUCGCACAGUUGCUAUUAACAAAUAAAGAACAGAAGGCGCAUUAUCGUGUUGAGACGCUGAUUCAUGAUGAUAUGCAUAUUGAGCUAUUAGAGAUAUUGGAACUCUAUUGUGAAUUACUAUUGGCUAGAGUGCAGGUAAUAAAUGAUAUUUCUACCGAGGAACAGCUUGUCAAGGAGCACAUGGAAGAUGGCAUCAACGAAGCUCUCAGGUCCUUAAUCUAUGCCAUUCUUUAUGUUGAUGAAGUCAAGGAACUUAGUCAAUUGAAAGAUUUAAUGGCUUGGAAAUUAAACGCAGAGUUCGUUAAUGGAGUCAUAACGGAUCACAUCGAUGUUCCUGAUAAGAUCAUGCAAAAAUGCUCUCCCUCAGUGCCAGAAGAAGAACUAGUUGAUCUGUAUUUGAAGGAAAUCGCGAAGACGUACGAUGUGCCAUAUAGCAAAUUGGACAAUCCCUUGUCUUCGUCAUCUUCUAACGUUUCGUCAGACUUCAAUGGCCCCUCAGGAAAUGUCAAAGAUAACGACGAAGAGAGGCCUAUCCUAGCCUUAGAUAAUGAUGAUAAUGACAAUGCAGAUGCUAAACACCCUAUCACUAUUAAAAAGCCUAGACAGAAUAGCGAAAAUAUAAACAACGAACUUAAGAUUCCAAAAGAUAUCAAAAAUGAAGUAACCGACAAAAAGCAAUCAGAAAAGAAAACCACAAAAAGAAAGACUAAAAAAGAGCAGGAAAAUGAUGAACUGGACGAGUUAAAGAAACGCUUCGAUGCUUUACGCAGAUAA